AUGAAUAGGAACGAUGAAGUUAAAGUAAAGUCCUUUGAAGAGUUUAAGCUACAGCCUAUCGGACAUGCUAUUUCGGGUGCUGAUGGUUCCACUAUUGCCAGCUUGUUUAUCUAUCCGCUAGAUAUAUCAACAAUUCGACUGCAACUCAAUAACGAUAAAAAAGAUAAAAAAGGAAUUCUACACACUAUUUAUGAUAUCUAUCAACAAGAGGGUGGCCUCAAAGCACUUUACGCUGGUCUUGGCUCUGACACAGUUGCUACUGUCCUUUCUAACUUCAUUUAUUUCUAUUGUUAUACAGCACUCCGUAAUCUACAAGAGAAGCUAAAUCGAUCUAUGGGCAAGCAAAAUGCCGAUUUGAAUAUUGCUCAGGAAUUGUUCUUAGGAUCAGAAGCAGCAUUAAUUUCAAGAUUUUCCACCACACCUGUAUCCAAUAUGACGAUACAUUUGCAGAGUAGCAGUGCCAGUAGAAGUGCUGAUAGUUGUUCAAAAUAUAUAACCACUAUUGCAAUUGACCCUUUUCAUCCAAUUACAUUAGGUUACCGCGCCUCUAUCAUUUUGGUGACAAACCCUUCUAUUACCUAUUUCGUAUUUGAAAGGUUGAAAAGAAUCUAUACUAACAACAACUGUCACACACUUAACAGUUUUCAAAUAUUUUUACUGCCUGCUUUAUCGAAGAGUAUAGCUACCAUAAUCACUUAUCCAUUUAUACUAUUGCGUACUACUAUGAUUAAUGACCAGCAUCAACAGAAGCAUAACACAUCUGCAAAAGUAGGAAGUAGUAGUAUGGUAGCUACAUAUAGAAAAGUUGUGAACGAAAAUGGUUAUUUGGGCCUAUAUAGGGGCAUGAGAUCUCAAAUUUUGAAAGGGUUCUUUAAUCAAGGCAUUAUGUACAUGAUUAAAGAUUACUUGGCUAAUUACCUAAAAUUAUUGUUUUACUAUCAAACUUUUCGGAAAGUAAAGCCAUUACAAAUAAAAGUCGAACUCACAUAUAUUCCUCUUGGUAUCUCACUUUCUUGGUACAAUCUUUUCAAGUCAAGCUGA